AUGAGAAUACUCGGAGAGACGGGGUUGCUGCCUAUGGCCGAGUAUGGAAUAGACAGCCCGGGACGUGACCAUCUGGGAGACAGAACUCGUUGGGUUGUGAACCGUGGAAACGGCGAUCCAACGGGAUGUGACUGUCUGGGAGAUGGAACUCGGAUAGAGUCAUUGGAAACUCGGAAUGGAUUGCUUCCUUUCCAGCUUCAGAAGCAGUUUCUAGGUCUCUAUGCUUCAGAUCAUAGGCCAGUCAUCACGGCUGUAGGCUUUGCAGAGAAUAAUAGGAAAAAGUGUUUCCGAUUUGAUAAACGUCUCCUACAAAUAAAAGAAUUUCCAAACUAUGUAACUGAAGGAUGGAACUCUCCAAGUCUGAGACAAAAUCCAGCAAUAUCAGAAAGAAUUCGAGAAUGUAGAAAGGCGAUGUCAAACUGUAGGCGAAAUACAAAAUUAAAUGCGGCAAAACGCAUAGAGGAGCUUCAGAUAGAGUUAGAGUUUGCCUUGGUAAAUCCUAGCUCUAGCUACAACACCAUUAGCGAGAUACAAAGAGAUCUUUCACAGGCAUACAAAGAUGAAGAAACAUAUUGGAAGCAGAAGAGCAGGAACACUUGGUUAGAAGAAGGAGAUCGCAACACAAAAAAUUUUCAAGCCUGCACAAAAACAAGGUUCUCGAGGAAUAGAAUUAUGUCAAUCAAAGACAGCAAUGGAAAUCUGUACAGGGGAGAUAUUGAAGUAGGAGAUCACGCAGAGGAGUUUUUCAAAGGCGUUUACACAUCUCAACAACAAACAAGUCAACACAACAUAUUUGCAGAUUUUGUUCCGACGGUAAAUGCAGAGAUGAAUGCAAGAUUGAUAGGCGAAGUCUCAGAAGCUGAAAUUAAAGAAGCACUUCUUUCUAUCGGUGCUGAUAGAGCUCCUGGACCAGGCGGACUUACAGCAAGGUUUUUCUAG